AUGCCAGAAGCUAGUAAAGAGGUUCUUGGUGAGGUCGCUAGCUAUUUAGCAGCUGCAGGGCUACAUAAGACAGUCAAAACGCUCAAAAGAGAGUUCGCUGAGGAUCUCGAAGUUGAUGAAGCGCGAGGCGCGAACUUGUCUAAAAGGUUUAAGAGAGUUCUGGAGAGUGAGCAGGUUGACUCUAGCUUGACUUCGAAAAGCAGCUCGACUUCUAGCUCGGAAGCUGGCGUUGAUUCUGGCUCCAGCACGUCUAGUUCCGAGUCCAGUUCCGAUUCCAGUUCCGAUUCCAGUUCCGAUUCCAGUUCCGAUUCCAGUUCCGAUUCCAGUUCCGAUUCCAGUUCCGAUUCCAGUUCCGAGUCCAGUUCCGAUUCCAGUUCCGAUUCCAGUUCCGAUUCCAGUUCCGACUCUAGCUCGGAGUCCAGUUCCGAUUCCAGUUCCGAUUCCAGUUCAACUUCGGACUCGGAUUCAGACUCAGAUUCAGACUCAGAUUCAGUCUCAGAUUCAGACUCAGAUUCAGACUCAAAUUCAGACUCAGAUUCAGAUUCAGAUUCACGUACCGGGCAAACAUCUACCAACAAAAGCAACAACACUGUCCGUGGAAACCUAUUUGAGGAUAAUCAAGAAGGAGCUUCACCAGAUACAGUUCAAGAAAAAGGGCCAAAGUUCUUUUCUAGAAUCGAUAGAUCAAAAAUCAGUUUCGAGGACCAGGUAUUGCAAGACAACACGUACAAAGGUGCGGCAGGCACCUGGGGUGAAUUGGCUAACACCAAGCUGAUGCAAGUUAGAGGAAAAGAUUUCACUAAAAAUAAGAAUAAAAUGAAAAAAGGAAGCUAUCGUGGGGGAUCAAUUAUAUCCAAUGCAUCUGGGAGUUACAAGUUCAAAGACUAA